CACCUUGACCCGAAGACGCGCAGCCGUGUCGCCUUACUGACAGGAAGAGCCUUGCUCAUAGUGAGAGGGCUGGCGGACAAGUUUGAGAAGAGAGUCGUCGCUCGCGGAGCGUGACCUCGACUCCCUUCUUGCCGUCUGUCCACCUUUGGGGGUCAUGGGGUUGCCUCAUUAGCGGUAGGAAACCCCCCUGUGCCCCCACCACGCCCAGAGCCGGCUGCUAUCAUGAAUAGACUACCUCCGUCAGCCCCUCGGUCCUUUUUACAGGCAAAGGUGGUCGCUGAUGUGGACAAGGACACCAGGGAGCGGCGGCUCAAUGGGCACCACAUCGCAUCUUUCCCUGCUCUCCCCUUGGCUGCACAACCACCACCCCCUCCCCCACCACCGCUCUCUCCUCCUCCGCCGCCUCCCUCGCCCCCGCCACCUCCUCCGCCAACUGAGGAACCUCCUCCGCUUCCCACCGAGGAUGGACUGCCACCACCGCCGCCGCCGGCGGCACCUUUGUCUUUCGGAUCAGUUCUGCUGCCGCACGAGCUUCUCAAAGACGACCUUCUGCCGAAGAGCAAAGAUGGACGGACCCUCAGACCCUUCAAGGUCUCUUUUGACCCGGCACUAGACAAGAAGGCAGACAAAAGCAAGUCUGUGGUCAUGAAGGCCCUCGCACUCCCACCGGCCGGCACAGAUCCAGUGCUGGAUCGAACAGCGGAUCCGAGACGGCGAUCGUCAUCCUACGAAAAGGCUAUCUAUGCAGGUCGAUUGAAGCCAAGGAAGGAGCUGAGGAUCGUUGAGUGGAAGUGGGACAAGCAUUCCCUUGGGCCAAAGCCGCCGCCCCCUCCGCAAGCCUUGCUCGUGACCGGCCUGUCGCCCUUGACGACGCCUGCGCUCAUUAACCAGCACUUUCGUGCCUUUGGGCGCAUUGAAGCAUCAGAGCUCAAGUUGGACCCCUCAACGGGCCAGAGCCUCGGCAUCUUCUGGCUGAAGUACGUGCAUGACUAUGAUGACGACGACAAGCCCAAGGCAAGCAACCCGCAGAAUGCCCACGAAUCGGCAAAGGAAGCUCUGUCCCAGUCUGAUGGCCGCAGGAUCGGUCAUGACGCUGUAAAGGCUGUCUUUGACAACGAGGUUAGGGACAAGUACAAGGAGACGUAUCGCAAAGAGCUAGCCCGGCGCCAUGCUGCGAGGGUCAAACCGACACCUGCAAAACCCCAAGACGUCCCCGAAGAAGCGGCAAAGGCCCCAGAUGGCGCAGCAAACCCUGCACCUGGUUCUGUCGCAGCUAUGCCCCCUCCCCAUGCGCCUCGAGGGCCGCGAAGUGGCCGACCGAGGCCUUUAUCGGUAGCCACGCCACCUCAACCACACCAUCGAGCGGUGGCGACCUCGGUGCACGCACGCUCCCCCUUUGCCAGGCAUGCUGAGGCCUCCUCAUCGAGCCUUGGAUCUCCCAUAGUAGGGGAGUUCUCAUCGGUGGCUACACCCUCCCACUCUCAAGGCGCAUCUUCGCCUGCACAAAUGUCGGAUGGACACAGGGACGUCGAGGAUGCCCACAGGUCGCGACGAAGAUCCCGGCGCAUGGAAGAUGACGACCUGGAUAUGCGCGGCAGGUCAGACGAUGAGGACGAGUAUCUGAGGGGAUUCAGGGGCAGAGGCCACUAUAGCGCGUCCCGGAGUCGCUUCGAUGAGCGGGCGCGCCACAAUUACGAAGACGGUGACGUGCUCGAGGACACUGGUCGGAUCCUCGGACGCCUGGCGGCGAUAGAUACGCCCUACAUCUUUGUCCCGCGGGUGAGAUCGAGCUCCAUCUCGAUGCAGAGUCUCCACAAGCACUUUGACUCGUUCCUUCCGGCAUGGAUUGCCGCCGAUGAAUCGGGUUGGUACGUUGCAUUCAACAGCAAGGAUGCUGCGAAUCGCUGCAGGAUGGUCAUGGAUAAGACGACGCUCUCAGGAUUCCACAUCAACAUCGAGGUCAGGAUGCCGUCUUCGGACGCGCUGGCGGAACGUAAGAGGUCCAAAGUGGAAGAUGAUUACGACAACGCAUCUCGGCAGGUCAGCGCCCCGCCGGCCAAGACCGAGUGGACAGAGGAAGAACUCAUCGAGGACGCCGCCCUGCUGUUGCAGCGUGACAUGGGUAACGUCUUCGUGCGCGACGUCAAAGCUCGUGUCCUUCAAUCGUACAUUGCCGAUCUCCUGAAUCCCAAGUCGGCCGGCGGCAAGAUUUUGCAUGCGCCAAAAGGACAGCUUUUCCUCGAUGACCGCGAAGAGAGGCCAAAAGCCAGUCGGAAACAGAUCAAAAGGGAGGAAACACCGAGCCACGACGAUGGUCAUCGACACAGACAACCGCCGUCGAAGGCGACGCAGAAGCCCAUAUUCACCGACAGCGAAGAUGAAAGCGACGACGCACACCCUCUUGAGCCUGUGGAAGCGUCGCAGGUCCUUGAGGACGAGGAAGCAGCCAAGACCAGCAAAAAGCUUGCGAAAGCGGUGAAGCAAAAGAAGCCAAAGAAGGAGCUGGCUGGACUCAAAGACGAAGAUGUUGAAAUGGCGGGUGUGACCGACGAAAAGAAAGAAGCGAAACCUCUCAAGAAGAAAGGGACCGCCAAAAAGGUCUCAAAACCCAUCACCGAACGGAGCCCAAGCCCCGAUCCAUUCGAGCUGGGUAUCGCAGAGACCGACGAAGAUCUGCACUUCUUGCGAUUGGCGCUGGAGCGGAUGCAUGCGGGCAAGACGGUGCAAGCCGCCGGCAUGCCCGAGCAGGAUCUGGCAGAAGAGCAGGGUGGUCCCCAUGCCUCUGGAUCGGCGCGGACAGAGGGCUUCUAUCGCAUUCCUCCGUCUGAAAAGGCCGCUCACUUGCCUGACCGGAAUCGCGCCAUUGUCGACCCACAGGCAGCCAUCGGCCUGGCUUCUGCGAGAGACAAUCGUGCCGAUUCACGGCGCUUCGUCCAAGGUAUUGAGCAGCAUAAGAAGGAUACGGCGACGGACACGGAUAUCCUCAAGUUCAAUCAACUACGCACGCGAAAGAAGCAGCUCAAGUUCGCCAAAUCGCCCAUUCACGACUGGGGCCUGUAUGCGAUGGAACUCAUUCCUGCAGGCGACAUGGUCAUCGAGUACGUGGGCGAGGUCAUUCGGCAGCAGGUGGCCGACGAGCGCGAGAAGAUGUACGAGCGCCAGGGAAACUUCAGCACCUACCUUUUCCGAGUCGAUGAUGAUCUCGUGGUCGAUGCUACACGUAAGGGCAACAUUGCUCGUUUGAUGAAUCACUGCUGCACGCCAAAUUGUAACGCGAAGAUCCUCACUCUCAACGGCGAGAAGCGCAUCGUUCUCUUCGCCAAAAAUGUCAUUCUUCCCGGCCAGGAGCUGACGUAUGACUACAAAUUCCAAGCUUCAGGUGAGGAAGAGGACGCCAUCCCGUGCUUGUGUGGCUCUCCCGGGUGUCGGCGUUUCCUUUAGACCCGUCUUCCUUCCCACUUUCUUGCCCCCCCUUUUCGAUGAUCAAACACCUCUUGUCACUUGUAUCAACACACUACACGGCAUCCAGUACUUCUAUCAUUGCCAUAUC